AUGAUGAAGCUUAGCCUCCUGGUGCUUGCCAUGGUGGCUGAUGCAGCCAAGGUGAGGACCGGGCUGCAGCUCUCCGCGGAGGAGGGCGAAGACCCAUGCCCUAAGGGCUUAACCAAUCGGUUCCCCGACUCCCUACCGAAGAAGAUCGUGAUGGUGGACGACGAGAACGGUGGGAAGGCCAUGAAUCCCAUGGAUUCGGUCUUUGAUUUGGAAAAGCUUCGGGCUGCGUUGAAGGAGGACCCGGAGUGGAAAAUCGGGAUGCCUUGGCUCUUGAAGGCAACCUUCACCUCAGACAGCCAGGUGCCUCGAACCUUUGGCUUUGCCUCGGGGGACACAGGAGACGGUUUCUUGAAGAUCACAGUGCCAGAUGGUGCUCAAGAGGUCGACAUUCAGGCCACAGAUACUGUGGAGAUUUCCGGCGACGAUGUAGAGUUUCAGUACAAACAUCCAGCCUUGUGGACUUCUGGAAAGAUUGUGAUGUCCAACAUUUGCUUGGCCCCGCGGUCCUGCGACAACUUUGAAUGCCCAUCGCCCGCGAUGAAGAAGAAGGGCACGGGCGUUUUCGGCUUCUCAGCAACCCGCUGCUGUGAAAUGAGGAUGUGUGCGGACCUGGACAAUGUGUGUAUGCCUGAGAGCAUGUACACCAAGGCUGCCAACUUCAGUGAGAAGAAAGGCCAUGACAACUCCACGUGCUGCAGCCCAAAGUACUGCCCGACUGACCUUUGCAAAGAUGACACCAAGUGGAUCAGCAAGGGUGAUGUGGUGCUUGGUAGCACCAAGGAGGAAUGCUGCGAACGUUUGGAGUGUGCCAGCUACACUUGCUCCAACCCGGCUUUGAUGACCAAGAGCCCCAACUACAACGAGGACGGCACACCUCGCUACGGCAGCACUGACGAUGAAUGCUGCGCUGGCAAGUACUGCAAGGGCUUUGAUUGCCAGCCCAGCACGGACUUCGGAUUGCGGGCGGGCGCGGCCAACAUCUUGGGCAACAGCCGGGACGUGUGCUGCGACGUGAAGAAGUGUGACACCUUUGAGUGCCCCAACAACACCAUGUGGAAGCCCAACCCAGCAGCGGUCGUAGGCAGUACCAUGGAGCAGUGCUGCACCAAGAUUCUUUGCUCCAGCUACACCUGCAGUAAAGACUCCUUGCAGAAGAAGCCUGGAGAGGCAAAGUUGCAGGGCAGCACGGAUGAGGAAUGCUGCGAGACCAAGUUCUGCUCCUCCUGGCAGUGCAGCGAUCCCAGCAAGUGGGUGCAUCUCUCCAACCAGCAUGGCAAGACCAAUCUGGACCGCCGAGGAUUCUCAGAUGAGGAAUGCUGCGACAAGAGGUUUUGCCUGCUGGAAACCUGUGAUCCGGCCACCCAGUGGAAGGCCAAGGAAGACCUCGAGACCAUUCAGGGCAGCACCAAAGAGCAAUGCUGCGAGAAGAUCUAUUGCGAUGACUUUGUGUGUGACACUGAUGUGAACAACACGGGUGUUGGCACCCAGUGGUACAAGCGUGUCGACACCAACAUCUACAAGUGGCAAGGUAGCACCAACGAGGAAUGCUGCAUGCCGAUCUUCUGCAGUCAGUAUACCACCAGCCAUCCCACCCGCUGGACAAGGAAGAAGGACCCAAGUGCGAAGGGCAGCACCGACAUGGAAUGUUACGAUCCCCUCCUUUGCUCUGACUAUUGCUGUGACAAGCAAGCAGGUUUGAUGCUGCACUUUGCCGCACCUGGUGGCUUUCUGGGGCUCAAGACGACAGUCUCCAGCCUUUGUGGCUAUCCUGCAGAUGAACGACCUUACAAUUUCAUUCAUCUCCCUUGGAAGCAACUGGCCGUGGUGAACUUUACAAGUCACGAAGCAUGUGACUUUUGCUUUCGAGUGAUGAAAUGCAUCGCAGGUGUGCCCGGCGUACCCGUGGCUGAUGUUCGUGAAGGCUUGCACAAAGGACUGGAGGCGAAUUUGGCCCAUUUCUGUGCCAAGUGCUGCCAGAUGAGUACCUACGAAACUCUCCCAUUGGUCUUUGUGAACAAUGAGGAGAUCCCAUUGAGCUUGGCAUGCCAAACUCUCGUCUCGGAUGACAUGCUAUCGCAGUUCUUAGAAAACCUACCGGGCUCGAUGGCACGGAAGCCCGCGAACAAGGCUCCACCCUCCAAGGCUCGUGCAUCGGAGGCACCCAAAGCCAAGCGCAUGAGCCCAUGCCUUGAGCCUGGGCAUCAGCGAUUCUUGCCCCCUGAGGCCUUUGAGCCGCAGACUCCUCCGUUGACCCCGCCAAUCACUCCUCCGAUGGAUAUGACGGACGGCGCCCGCUUUCUCAUGCCCAAGUUUGAACUUCGAGGAGUGGAUAAGAUUGACCAAGGUCCGUGGCCUGGCGCUGAAUCACACCGGCAUCGACAACGCCUUGUCCAGGAUCAGACAUCGUUUUUCAGCUCUGAGCCAGCUUUGUCAUUUGAGUCACUUCUGCUUGUCGAGAAGGGGUCAAGGAUGGUGGAAGCACCGGCCGAUUGA